AUGGAGCAUAUUUUAAUAAAGGCUGAAGGUGUUGAGAAUUACGGAUCAAUGGAUAUGUCUCCAGAGUGUGUACCAAGACCUUUGAAUGAUAACAAUUCAUUUGGUGAAUAUGUGAUCAUAGCUAAAACGAUAUUUUUAGGGCCUCAUUGGCCGUUAUUUGCUGGUACAUUGAUUGGAUUCAAUAUAUUUGCAUAUCUAAUGAUGAGAAAUUAAUUAGCUCAUGGUCACGAUAUUACUUUUGGAGUUAUAAUAACAAUUGUAUAAUCAAUAUUUUAUUUGGUUGUUGGAUUAGCUAAUCCUGGCAUUGCAAAUGACUCAUCUUUGAAUUACAAAUAUCUUGGGUAGCUAUACACAUUACCAAACAAACCAUAACAAAGAAAUGUGUGGUAUUGUGAAAAAUGCUAAAAAAUAUAACCUGCUCGAUCUGAUCAUUGCCCAUUUUGUAGAGUUUGUAUAAAAAAUUAUGAUCAUCAUUGUCCUUGGACAGGAAAAUGCAUUGGAGGCGAGAAUCUCUUGCAUUUUUGGGCCUUUCUUAUCUCAACUAUAGUUUUCUUCAGUUAUUUUAUUACAAUAUUAAUGGAUUAAAGAGAGGAAGCAAAAAAUUAAUGA